UGAGGCCGGAAGUGCCUUGUGGGGCGCGGUCAGGUGCCCGGAAGUGCCUUGGGGAGCGAGAAAGAGGGAGCGCCGAGUCCGUCGGUGGGUGGGCGGGGGCCGCAGCGCCUCAUGUGACGGAGCCGCGUCCGCUUCGCCUUCGCCGCUGAGUCUGGAGCCGAGACGCCGCCGCCGCCGCCAUGGGCUGCUGCUACAGCAGCGAGAACGAAGCUUCGGACCAGGGCGAGGAGUCGAAGCCCCUUCUGCCCCCCGCCUCCAGUCCCCCCAACAAGUCCUUAAACGGAACGGAGCCCAGCUGGAACAGCCUGCCUUCGGCCCGGACAGAUGAACAGGCCUUGCUCUCCUCCAUCCUUGCCAAGACAGCCAUCAACAUCAUUGACGUUUCAGCUGCAGAUCAGCAGCAGAUGGAACAACAUGAGUACAUGGACCGAGCCAGGCAAUACAGCACCAGGCUGGCCAUGCUCAGCAACAACCUGAUGCACUGGAAGAAGCUGCCGCCACUGCCCUCGCUGACCAACCAGCCGCAUCAAGUCCUUGCCAGCGACCCUGUGCCCUUUGCGGACCUACAACAGGUCUCCCGGAUAGCUGCGUACGCCUACAGUGCCCUCUCCCAGAUCCGAGUGGAUGCGAAAGAAGAACUGGUUGUACAGUUCGGGAUCCCUUGAAGCCCGCCAGCCCUCCUCUCCCUCCUCCUCGGCCUCCGUUCUGCUCUUUCCACCGCCCUGCGCUCCCUGCACUUCUUGGUUUUCUUCCUCUCCACGAAUGGCUUGUCGCUGCAGCGGAACUCGUACAGAGAAAGACGCACUAAAUUUUUCUACUUCCCGCCACAGAGACAGUUAACUUGUGGAUGGCCAGCUGCUCCAGAGGUUGAGCGUACCCCACUGUUUGCUCUCUUUUUCUCCCUGCUCCCAUGAUUGCCAUCUUCCCCCUUUUGCUCUCCCUUGUGUGUGUGUGCGGUGUUGGUGUUGGCAACGCUGGGCAAGCCAAAAUACAUGCUGGAUUGGAUGAGGGCCCCAGGAUAUGGCGCUUGCUUUCAGGUUGUGCACCACUGCGACCAAUGCACCCGAGACGCGUGAAGGGAAGGUGGCCGCAGGCAGGGCGGCUGACACGAUUUCCCUUUCACUUGUGCAGGUUCUGAAUUUCUGAUUUCUGGAGUAAGGAGAAGGAGAGAAAUGGGUCAGCACUUCCCAUUCGGUUGGCCUGAAAUCCUUUUGCAUUUGCUGCCUUCUCAUUUACGCUUGGAGCCAGGGGCGCAGGUGACAAGGAGUUAGAUAUUUUUUAAACGAGAGCAAAAACCCCCAAAUCACUGCACAACUGCUGAAGAAGAGAUUUGUGGCCCUCUUUCUACUUGGUGUGUAGCCCUCCUCCCUCCUUUUACAGAGCUUAAAAUGUCAUUUUGUUUUAAUUUUGUUUUGGCUAACCUAGAUUAAAAUAUACAUAGAUUCA